GUGGGGAAAGGUAAAGAUUCACUCAAUACCACUCCACAUUUUGGAGAAGCUGUGUCGUGCAGCUGAGAGGUUCCGGGAUUUACAGAAAGCAUACCUUUGCUGACAGGAAGUUAUUGAAAAUCUUCAUGCCUUGCGGGGAUGGUUUGGAAUCUCUCUCACCUUCCACCUCCUCCCAGACUCUCAGCGCCAGCGUUUUCAGUGACAGGGUUGGCUCAGAGUGCAAACGGACUGAGAGAAUUUUAAGAGCUGGAAUUAGAUCCUGACAAGAUGUCAUCCUCUAAUGAUUGUGGAGCCUCUUCAUGGGAACUGAAUGUUCAAGUGGAUCAGCCAAAUGAAGAUUUGCCAUUGGAGUUUAAUUUGAGAGUAACAGGGGACUUUCAUGUUGGAGGAGUCAUGCUAAAAUUAGUGGAACAAAUUCCAGUACCUCAGGACUGGUCAGACCAUGCUCUUUGGUGGGCGAAGAAAAAAUGCUGGCUUCUGAAGACACAUUGGACUUUGGACAAAUAUGGAAUCCAAGCUGACGCUAAAUUGUUGUACACUCCACAACAUAAAUCAUUAAAAUUGCAGCUACCCAAUAUGAAGACAGUGAGGUUAAAAGUUAGUUUCUCAUCUGUGGUCUUCAGGGCAGUUAUUGAUAUCUGCAAAACUCUGAAUAUUCGUAGGCCGGAGGAACUUUCCCUGUUGAAACCACGAGGGAACGUUUCAAAAAAGAGGAAAGAGAAGAACCGUAAGCAUGCUGUUGAUGAAGAUAUUUUAGACUUGGACCAGGGGCCAGUUUCUCCAGGAUCAGUAGCAAGUCCUGGUCUAUACAGCAAGACGAUGACUCCCAUAUAUGACCCAGUCAAUGGAACACCGGUCUCUUCUACAAUUACAUGGUUCAGUGAUAGUCCUCUCGCCGAACGGAACUGUAACAUUCUGGCUGUCAGCCAGCCAAUCCUUACACCACAGGCACUGGCCAAAAUGUACAGGCCACAGAAUCAAGUGGACAAAGCAGAGCUGAAUGCUGGAUGGUUAGAUUCAUCACGUUCACUGAUGGAACAAGGCAUCCAGAAGGAAGAUAAGCUGCUGUUACGUUACAAGUACUACAGUUUCUUUGAUCUGAACCCAAAAUAUGAUGCAGUCCGGAUAAACCAGCUUUAUGAGCAAGCACGGUGGGCAAUUCUGCUGGAGGAAAUUGAUUGCACUGAGGAAGAAAUGUUAAUAUUUGCAGCACUGCAGUAUCAUAUAAACAAGCUAUCACAAUUGUCGGAACCACAAGACUUCACUAAUGAGCAAGAUGAAGAUGAGGUGGAAGCUGCCCUUGCCAGUCUGGAGGUGACACUCGAAGGUGGAAAAAUAGACAAAAUUUUGGAGGACAUCACGGACAUCCCAAAAUUAGCAGAUUACCUAAACAUCUUCAGACCCAGAAAACUGACGCUGAAAGCCUACAAGCAAUACUACUUUAUUUUUAAAGAUACCUGCUUAUCAUACUUCAAGAAUAAGGAAGCAUCUCAAGGAGAACCAAUUGAAAAAUUAAACCUGAGAGGAUGUGAAGUUAUGCCAGAUGUGAACGUAGCAGGACAGAAAUUUGGGAUCAAGUUGCUGAUUCCUGUGGCUGAUGGCAUGAAUGAAGUAUACAUAAAAUGUCACAAUGAAACACAAUAUGCUAAAUGGAUGGCUGCUUGCAAACUGGCUUCAAAAGGGAAGACUAUGGCUGACAGCUCAUACCCCACAGAGGUGCAUGACAUUCAAUCUUUCUUAAAGAUGAAGAACGUGAAUUCUGUGCCUCAGGUGAUACAGGACUCAAAUGCCCUGGACGUGAAUCCAGAAUCAUUGGUGUCACGAAAAUACUUGAAAAAGUUAAAAACUAAACAGUUGACAACACGCAUCCUGGAAGCGCAUCAAAAUGUUGCCCAGAUGACCCUGGUAGAAGCCAAGAUGCGGUUCAUCCAAGCCUGGCAAUUACUGCCAGACUUUGGAGUUUCUUAUUUUUUGGUCAGAUUCAGAGGAACCAAGAAAGAUGAACUGUUAGGUGUUUCCUACAACCGAUUAAUAAGAAUAGAUAUGGCCACGAGAGAUCCUAUCAUAACAUGGAGAUACAGCAACAUUAAACAAUGGAAGGUCAACUGGGAAAUCAGACAGGUUGAAAUUGAAUUUGAUCAAAGUGUGGCAAUAGCACUCACCUGUCUAAAUGCAGACUGCAAGAUUGUUCAUGAAUACAUUGGCGGCUAUAUUUUUCUGUCCACACGUUCCAAGGAUCAAAAUGAGACCCUGGAUGAAGAACUAUUCCAUAGACUUACAGGUGGUCAAGAGUAACAACAACAACAGAGAAUCUGAACCGUGGAGCAUCAUUAUCUUAGAUAGUUAUUGCUAACAACCCAAAAGUAACUAUAAAACCAAGCUAUUUGCAGCAAGCAGCAUUAAUUAUCUACAAUGAAAAUUAAAUUCUAUUCAUGCAUUAUUGUAUUUUUUUUAUGUAUAAACGUUCCAAUUUGUUUUAAGACACCCAACCAGUAACAGUACUCAAGCAUACUGCAUAUUAACAUAUAGCAUUGGGGUAAAUGUCAUUGGACUUAUUGAGCUCUGAAUAUUUGUUUUAUCUUAAACAAGGAAACAGUCAUGAUUUAAUCAUUUCUAUAUUAACCUUAGAAUGUACUUAUCUGCAUGGGAAAAGCUACUGAAAAAGUGAAAAAUAAAAGGCCACAGAGAAACCACAGUGUACUCUUUCCCAUUGAUCAUCUUUAAUAACUGGAAAAUAUUAACUAAAAAAUACUUUUUGGAUUUUGCAACCUUAUGGACCACAUUCAAUUGUUGACAGAUCUACAAGAGAAUAAAAUUUCCACCUGGUAA